ACCAAUUUGGUCUGCUUCCGUUUCCGUAGCUCAACCCUUUAGAAGCCGGGUUUAAGUACCCGGAUGCGGAAGUGGCUUCCCUUUUUCUCUGGGACGGUAGGGCUGCAGCGCUGAGCUUCUCGGGAACCGCCGCCAGGAGCCGUCACCAUGCCUCGCAAAAUUGAAGAGAUCAAAGAUUUUCUGUUGACAGCCAGGAGGAAAGAUGCUAAAUCUGUCAAGAUCAAGAAGAACAAAGAUAACGUGAAGUUCAAGGUGCGGUGCAGCCGAUACCUGUAUACAUUGGUCAUCACUGAUAAAGAAAAGGCUGAAAAACUGAAACAGUCUCUACCACCAGGUCUGGCUGUGAAAGAACUGAAGUGAACUAGUCAUUUCUGGAAUUUGGCCUAUGGAUUGUAAUAAAGAAGUUAACUGUU